GCUUUCCAUUGUAUACAGUUUUUGUAUAGUCGCUUGAAUUUGUAUCCCAGAUAAAGUUUGGAAUUUGAGUAGUGCGGUACGUUUGGGUAACUGUGAAUUGUUUGAUCUUGAAGAAAGAAUUUGUGUGGUGUUAAGUGUUAUUAAUAAAAUUUCUUUAAAAAAAUGGCAUCGGAAGUAAGUCAGGAAGUCCCAUCCACCGAAAAUAAGGUUGUUGAAGAAUCUGAAACAGUUGCAUCAGCAGUGACCACAGAGGGAGGAGCAAGCGACAAACCUACAGAGAAUGUUGAAGCCGCCACCGAUAACGCCCAAGAAAAAUCCGUUGAAGAUACAAAGAAGGAUAGUGAGAAUGCAACAUUAACAAAUAAUAAAUCUGAACCAGCACCAAAAUUUUGUGUGCAUAAAACGAAUUUUGAAAAGGAUGUAAUUUAUUUAUACCAAUUUUCACGGACUCCAUUAUUACCCUCAUUAUCACCAUAUUGUUUAAAAGUAGAAACUUGGCUUCGUUUAGCCGGGCUCAAAUAUGAGAAUGUUGAUCAUAAGAUGCGUUUCCGUUCAAAGAAAGGACAACUUCCCUUUAUUGAGCUUAAUGGUGAGGAAAUUGCUGACUCAGCAAUUAUUAUUAAGGAGCUGUCAGCCAGAUAUGAAAAGAAUUUAGAUGCUGGAUUAACUUCCGAACAACGAAAUGUCUCAUACGCAAUGAUUGCUAUGUUAGAGAAUCAUCUAAUUUGGAUUAUAUUUUACUGGCGUGCUAAAUAUCCCGAUAAUGUUUUGAAGGGAUAUAAAGUAAACUUGCAACACGCACUCGGAUUGCGUUUACCAAAUUCUAUUUUAAAUUUCUUCUUUAAAAUAACUUUUGGUAGAAAGUGGUUCCAGGGUACAAAGAAGUUGAAGGCCCAUGGAAUUGGUGUGCACAGUGCUGAAGAAAUUGAAGAGUUCGGUAAAAAUGAUUUAAAAGUACUAAGUGAGAUGUUGGAUUGUAAACCAUUCUUCUUUGGAGACGAACCAACCACUUUGGAUGUCGUGGCAUUUGCAGUAUUAUCUCAACUUCAUUAUUUGUCCAAGGACAUUACUUAUCCACUUCGUGAUUUUAUGACUGAAAAGUGUCCAAAUUUGGUUGGACAUGUUUCGCGAAUGAAGGAGAAAUGCUUCCCUGAUUGGGAUGAAAUUUGCACAAAAUUAGAUCUAAAUGCUCAUAUUCCAAAGCCAGAGCCAGAGAACAAGGAGGGCAAGGAGGGUGAAUUAGAAAAGUCAAAUGAACAAGACACUGAAGCUGAUAAAAUCGAAAAGGAAUUGGAAAAGGAUAAGUCAAAUGAGAAAGAAAUAGCAGAAGAAAAUAAAGAGAAAGAGGAAGCAAAAUAAGUAUAAUAUAAACCUAGGACAACUGUAAAGGACAUGCAUUUAUUAACUCAAAGUAUAAUACAAUAAAUUUGGAAACCUUUUUAUAAAUUACAUUAGCAUAAAAAUAUUAAAAAUUA